UACUUCUUCUUCCGCAGUCCGCCGGCGGCACAGUCCAGGCCUGCACCGGGGGUGCAUCGGCUUUGCCAGCGGCAGAGGGAUUCUGGGUAACGACCGUGGCCGGCGGGGCGGCUGGCUCCGCCCAGCAGGUUCCACUCACGCCAGGGCCGUUGGCGGUGGCGGUUGUCGGGCCCGGACCAGUGGGACAUGGAGCAGCCGUGGCCGCCACCGGGCCCCUGGAGCUUCCCGAGGACUGGCGGGGAGACCGAGGAGGAGAGUGACUUAGACGUGUCCCCCUCUUCGUCCCACUACUCUCCGGUACCGGACGGCGGCGCCCAGAUGUAUAGCCACGGGAUUGAGCUGGCUUGCCAAAAGCAGAAAGAAUUUGUGAAGAGCUCUGUUGCAUGUAAAUGGAAUCUUGCUGAAGCCCAGCAGAAACUUGGCAGCUUAGCACUGCAUAACUCUGAGUCCUUGGAUCAGGAACAUGCCAAAGCACAGACUGCGGUGUCAGAACUAAGGCAGCGGGAAGAAGAAUGGCGACAGAAAGAGGAGGCUCUGGUCCAAAGAGAGAGAAUGUGUCUCUGGAACAUGGAUGCCAUUAGCAAGGAUGUUUUUAAUAAGAGUUUUAUUAAUCAAGAUAAAAGAAAGACAGAAGAUGAAGAUAAAUCACAAUCAUUUAUGCAGAAAUAUGAACAAAAAAUCAGACAUUUUGGUAUGUUGAGUCGAUGGGAUGACAGUCAGAGGUUUUUGUCUGACCACCCAUACCUCGUAUGUGAAGAAACUGCUAAAUAUCUUAUUUUAUGGAGUUUUCACCUAGAAGCUGAGCAGAAAGGCGCUCUAAUGGAACAGAUAGCACAUCAAGCUGUUGUAAUGCAAUUUAUUAUGGAAAUGGCCAAAAACUGCAAUGUGGAUCCAAGAGGCUGUUUUCGUUUGUUUUUCCAGAAAGCCAAAGCAGAGGAAGAAGGUUAUUUUGAAGCAUUCAAAAAUGAACUUGAAGCUUUCAAGUCAAGAGUAAGACUUUAUGCUCAAUCACAAAACUUUCAACCUGUGACAGUUCAGAAUCAUGUUCCCCAUUCUGGUGUUGGAUGCACAGGCUCCUUAGAAUCCUUAUCACAGGCUCCAAGAUUUUAAGACCAGCUUUAGCCAGUUUAUUCUGUUGUCUACACUGGGACAUGGAAAGUGUCAUUCAGAAGACAAUAUGAGGAGAGCCCUGUAUUUAUCUUUAAGCCUCAUAAAAAUGGUAAAAAAAAAUUGAGAUUUUCAAUUUCUUGACCUUAGGUCACUAUAAUUUUACCAUUUUAGUAACAUGUAUUUAAAACAGUUCUUAAAUAUGCAUUAACCUUUAACCUACUAUAGUAUAUAAAGUAGUAAAGACUGCAGAUGAUCACAUUUAACUCAGCCAACAACAUUUUUAAGGAUAUAAAUAUCUACAUUCUGGCUUUAAAUAAUUACUAGUGUUCUCCUUUAUUUAGACACAUUAGAAAUAGCCCCCUGAAGAAUGUCUGCCUGCAGGUCUCCUCUUUAUUUUUAAUUUUCUAAGAUUUGUUUUAUUUUAUAUGUAUGAAAAUACUUUGCCUGCAUGUGUGUGUGUGCACCACAUGUGUACCUGGUACCCACAGAGACCAGAGAGGGCUUUCGAUCCCCUAGACCUGUUCCUUACAAAUGGUUGUCAGCUGCCCUGUGGACACUAGGAUUUGAACCCAGGGCCUCUGCAAGAGCAGCAAGUACUCUAACUGUUGAGCCGUCUUCCCAGCCCCAGUCAGUUCUUCAAUGCUACUUAAAUAUAGUACUGAAGCAGCCCAAGAGAAAGCAGUUUUUCCAAGGGAGUCUUAUGAUGAUGUUGAGAUCAAUAAAUCUAAAAUUAGUCACCCGAUGUGUGCAGAGGAACAAGAGACUUAUAGGAUGUCAUUGGUUCUUUACAUAAAAUGAGAACAUAUACACAUUAAAACACAAGCAGCCCAUAUUAUCAAAAAGAUGCUUCUGGUUUGAGAGAAGUAAAUUAAAAGCUGACACCAGUGGCCAGGCCUCCAUUGCCAUUUGUGGUAGAGAAGGCUGGAGUCAGAGAAUUUUGUCAUUUGCAUUAUUUCUAUUAUGGGGAGUCUUCAUAAUGAAUCAAGGAUAAUAGAGCAGUUGUUCCCUACAGGGUGAGACUUUAAGCUUCCUGACCUAGACAGCCUCAGGGGAGGUGCUGUUGAGGGGUCCUUCUAGUGACAUAAAACUGUGACGUGAUGAAGGCAACGGGCAUAGGAGAGGCCACCUGAGGGACCAAGAUGACAAUUUUGAGGUCUGAAAACAAUAUUACUACAAUAAUGGUAUACCAUUUUUAUGUCACUUUAUGAGUUAUAUAAUGUUGUGUAUCAUUUAAUCUUUUUUAAAAUGCUAUAAUUAUAUUAAUCCAUGUUUUCAGAUAAAUAAAUUGAAAAUUAUGAGGUUAAAUUACUUUGCCUAAAGCUAACAGAGUAAGUGAUGGGGCUGAUACUCUAAUUUUGACUCUCCUUCCCCACUUCCCCACUCUUGAGUCUUGUGAGUCAUACAUGAGUAGGAGUCAAGUGCUCGUGGGGAGAACUGUGUGCUGAGAGUGCUGGUGGGCACACGGCAGUCAGUACGCUUUCAGCAUCAGUUAGGACAAGGAUGCUGAUUCUCCAUGACUGGUGGGUCCGUAAGCUCUGGAAAAUCUCUUCAACCAAUACUUGAUACUCAGAAUUCUGUCAUGAUAGAGUUACCAGAGAGUUACUGUAAGUUUGAUCUUGAAGGACCCUGAAAUCUAAAAUGGGUGUCAAGAACAAGGUCUUAGCACUACUCUGUGGAAGUAGACUACUACAGCAAGAGUAUUGGUUGCUUUGUAACACUCUGGAUCUUAG